CAGAAUUCCCCACAGGUGUUCGAUUGGGGCCAGAUCAGGAGACAUACUUGGCUACUGAAUCACUUUCACCCUGUUCUUCUUCAGAAAUGCAACAGUGGCCUUAAAUGUGUGCUUUGGAUCAUUGCCAUGUUGGAAAAAUUACGACCAAAGGCAUGGAGUGAUGGUAGCAUAUUCUCUUUCAGUAUAGAGCACACUCAUGGCCCCUCAGAAGGACACUGCCACCACCAUAUUUCACUGUAGGCACCAUGCAUUUUUCUUUCUACUCCUCACCUUUGUGGCACCAUACAGUUUUGAAGCCAUCAGUUCCAAAAACAUUUAUCUAUCUCAUCACACCAAAGUACAAGAGUACAGAGUCCCAGUAGUCCUCUUCUUUUUUAGCUUGGGCUCUGGCAAAUUCUAGGUGGGCUUUUUUGUGCAUGGGCUUUAGGAGAGGUUUCCUUCGUGGACAACACUCAUGCAUGCCAUUCCUCUGCAGUGAACGCCAUAUUGUAUCACGGGAAACAGUCACCCCAGUUUGGCUUUCUAAUUCUUUAGCUAACUGCAGUGAACUUGCAUGAUGAUUUUCUUCAACCCUUCUCAUCA